UCACGUGACGCGCAUAAACAGGAAGUGUGAGCUGGUUGUCGCUUCGCUGCGGAUGUUUGAAAGUGACGGAAAAUAAACCGAGUUCUCCGGCGGAGCUCAGUCAGGGGCUCGGUCUAAGUCCUGGAGCAGCGAUGACGGAGCCUGAAUGGAGGUUACCCUGGAGAUAAGGAGCUACUCUCGUCUCCUCUAGUCUUGGUCAUCUCGUAUGAAUCCCAGCAUGGCUACGUCCCGCUGUGAUAGUCUGUCCUCUGCAGACCAACAAAUGGACGACUGGCUGUUCCUCUCCUCAGAAUCUGCCGGGCCUCAGGUCCUGGAAGUGGGCAGUGACAUCCAGGAGGCCGUGGACAGAAGCAAACUCAGGUCCAAGUUGGUCUCAGCAUGGAACAGUGUGAAAUAUGGCUGGACCUUGAAGCAGAAAUCAAAAUUCAGCAAGAGCUCUCCUGUGAUCUUGCUUGGAAAAUCCUACGAGCUCAAGGAUCAAGGGGACAGAGAGCUUUUCCGUCGUACCUUUGUUUCCCUCCUGUGGCUGACGUACAGACGUGGGUUCCCUCCGCUGGCCGGCUCUUCUCUGACGACCGACAGCGGCUGGGGUUGUGUUCUACGUUCGGGGCAGAUGCUGUUGGCACAAGGUCUCCUCUUACACCUCAUGCCACCAGGUUGGACUUGGUCUGUGAGCCACCAUGCGGUCAAAGAUGACAUGGACCUUGAGAGUUGCUCUCCUGACAGAGGACAGAGUUUCCAGGAGGGGCCUAAAAAAAGGUGUCGAAAACUGAGCUUGGGUUCCCUCCUGGACAGACCCAUGGAGGCCACUCACAGAAGGGUGGUGUCGUGGUUUGCAGACCACCCCGCUGCCCCUUUUGGAAUCCACCGAAUGGUGGAGUUGGGCAAAAGCUCAGGGAAGAAAGCUGGGGACUGGUACGGUCCUUCCAUCGCGGCACACAUCCUCCAGAAAGCUGUGGCAGCAUCUGCAGACCUUCCCAAUCUCGUUGUGUAUGUUGCACAGGAUUGCACCAUUUACAUGGAGGAUGUGAAGCGGUUGUGUGAGCGGCCUCCCCCUCAGUCCUGGAAAUCCGUCAUCAUCCUGGUCCCUGUGCGACUCGGAGGACAAGACCUCAACCCCGCCUACAUCACCUAUGUCAAAAAACUCUUGACACUUCAAGGCUGCAUCGGAAUCAUUGGGGGAAAACCAAAACACUCUUUGUUCUUCAUCGGCUUCCAAGAUGACAAUCUGCUGUACCUGGACCCUCACUACUGUCAGCUCACGGUGGAUAUAACAAAGGAGAAUUUUUCCCUGGAGUCUUUUCACUGCAAAUAUCCCAGGAAAAUGGCCGUCUCACGCAUGGACCCCAGCUGUACCAUUGGGUUUUAUGCUAAAGGUCAAAAAGACUUUGAAUCACUAUGCACAAUUGUUACUGAGGCUCUCUCCACAUCUACAGAGACGUACCCCAUGUUCAUCUUUGCAGAGGGACAUGGUCAAGAACAGGAGCAAAGCAACACACCCACAAACAACUUCACCUACAUCCAGAGGAAAGAUGAACUGAGAAGAGUCGACACAAACAACAGCAUGGAUGAGUUUGUUCUAUUAUGAACAGAAGAAAAUAAAAAUCUGCCCCAAGGGGCGUUUGAUGAUCAAUGAUCACACGUAGAUGUGAGACGGCUGAGCGUGAGAAUAAUGUCCUGCUGACUUCUAUUUCUAUUUAUUGUUUUAAGAUGAAACUGAACUUUGUGACAGAAAGGGUGAUUAUUUUAUUAGUGUUUCUUCAUAAAUCAAUCUCCUUCUUCUUCUUCUUAAUCUAUUCAAAUGAGUUAAUAUAUGAUUAUAGUAACUAAUGUCUCCCAGAGUCAAACGUAAAGAAAGUGUUACUGAGCUUCACAGCCUCCUACUGUCUCAUGUCAUGUGACAGGAUGUGCUGCCUUUGAAUAGAGUAAAACAUUUGGACACUUGUUAUGUGACAAACACUUGAAUAUAAAGAUUAUGACUUAACUGGAGAAUUAGUCAAAAUGAUGUGUAAUGUUCUCUGAGAAGAAAAGGACUUUAGUUUUCUCAUGAGCUGGACUAGUUUUUUGUGGUAUUUUAUCCAAAUAAACGGUUUAUAAAGGAACCCGUGCAAAACUCA